AUGGAAGGCACGCAUACUGUCCUUCAAUUGCACAAACCCAUUAUGGAGCUUUGUUACGUCAGCUUCUAUCUUCCAGAGGGAAAAGUCAGAGGAUUUACUUACAAGAGCUGUGUAACUCUGGAUAGAACCAGUAAACGUUUCUGCAGCUGCUAUCAUGUAAGGGAGAGGUUGAAGAUGGAGCUGAGAGAACAGCCAUAUGAAAACUUUGGAGAUAUUAUUUUCAAGCAAACUACCACGAAAGACAUUCUCGUUGAACUGUACAAACUAACUGCUGAAAAGGAAAAGCUGUUAACUAGUGUUUUGAGAUCACAUCACAUUCCGGGCCUUAACACAGGACAUCAGGAGGGAAAGCGACAGGAUAUUUCUGGAGUCUUGAAACUUAAAGGUGACGAUUACUCCAGUUUUACACAUCAGCAGGAGUUCUUUCUGGAUUCCACAAAUAGAGACAAUUUGAAUCACAAAAAAAUGAGGAAAUAUAGAAGGAAAGAGAGCUUUGAGGAGUUCAGACACUGGAAAGUGGGAAAAAAGAUCCAUGAACAACAUCCUUCUUUACUGAGCGUGCAAGACGUGAAUAAGAGGCUCCCCACAAGAUUUCCUACCAGGACUUUUCCCAGUUCCUUUUCUGCCUCCAGUUGGCUAACAGUAAAAGGUAAGGAUGAUUUACCAGUAGACAAUAGUAUACGACCAGAAAGGUGGAAAGAAGAGGGGUAUUUUCUUGAUAUCAACAAAGCUGUGAACCUGCAUGCUGACUUACCGUGUUCUAGCUCAAAAGACAACAGUGACACGGCUGCAGUUGAACUAGUGGAUAAUAGAGAAUGCAUUCCUGAAGUUACAAACGUACAACAGAGUAUCACUUUGGUAAAAUCAUCUCAGGACAGUCUAUUUAACAGACUUGAGACGUUAAGUAAAUCUACAGCUGCUAAAAGCUUGAAAAGUAGCAAGUAUACUGAGCCAGUGUGCAAGGAGAAACCAGGAGUCACAGUUGCUGAAGUACAGGAUUCAGAAGCUUGUAUUAAAAAAGCUGCCAACCCCCCUGUGGAGUCUUUACCUGAUUUUCACAGAGGUAAAGAAACCAUUUCUCCUGUUCUCACAACAGUACAUAACGAGUUUAUAUCAAGAACUGAUAUGUACUCCGAAGGCAAAGCUGCUGAAGACUCUAAAAACACUCUGCUGCAGGAAAAGGAGCAAGACGGCUCUGGUUUGCAGUACAAAGCAGAGCGAGUGCAUGUUACUGAUGAGUCAUGCAAUCCUGUGGGAGCAGUCAAUAAAGCUCUUCUGAAAGUUAUACGGAGCGACAGUUUAGAUGAAGCUGCAGAAUGGAAGAGACUGCAACAAAUUACAAGAGUAGACAGAAACCUGCCAGGCUCAAUAUAUGAGAAAAGAACCACGGGAUCCCGGGGAAGCAGCAAGCAUUUAUUUCUGAACCUGCCUGUGGAUGAAAGUCCUGAUAUUUCUCAGACGAGUAAUAAACUGGAAGAGAAAAGGUUGCCUUCACCCUCGUUACUAGCAGUGAGUAAUGUUUUUAGUAAUUCAUAUCCACUAUCUAAUACACACAAACAAAUGUCACCUAUUCCUUCUCCGUUAUCUUCAAGACUGCCUAGCCCGCAGCUCCAUCAUCGGAUUCUCCCGCUACCGACACGAAGCACCGAGGACGGAUCUAUGUUCAGUGACUAUGGCAGUGGAAGACAUGGUGCCAUAAACCUCUCUUUCAGUGAUUUGGAGCCACAGUUUUAUCUGAAGUUUUCUGAACCUGGAGAAUUGGGAUUUGCCACCAGACAAGCAGGCCUACAUCAGAAUGCAACUGCAGGGCAUUUUGAAAAGCGCCCUGUACAAGAAAAAAUAACUACUUGGACACAGCAGAAUUUCUUCCCAG